UCAAGUCUACGCUGAACUGUUGGGGAUGGGCGCCGCCAUCUUGCUUCGGUGGGAAUAGCAAACCGGAGUUCUGCGUUCGGGAGGAGGAAGCGGCCGAAGGCGCAGCGGGGCUGAGGAAGGGGUCGUGGCGCUGCAAGGCCCAGCCCUGCGCGGAGCCACAGCUCGGCGCAGUCUCCUCUGAGCCUUGCUUGGCGGCGUUGUUCUCUCGGGGAGCGAGUGGGGCGAACGGGCGGGAAGAUGGCGGUGGAGUCUCGCGUUACGCAGGAGGAGAUUAAGAAAGAACCCGAGAAGCCCAUCGAUCGGGAGAAGACCUGCCCUCUCUUACUGAGGGUCUUCACCACCAACAAUGGGCGUCACCAUCGCAUGGAUGAGUUUGCCCGAGGAAAUGUACCCUCCAGUGAGCUUCAGAUCUAUACCUGGAUGGAUGCGACUCUAAAAGAACUGACCAGUUUAGUGAAAGAAGUCUAUCCAGAAGCACGCAAGAAGGGCACACAUUUCAACUUUGCAAUAGUUUUCACGGAUCUUAAAAGGCCGGGUUACAGGGUGAAGGAGAUCGGCAGUACAAUGUCAGGCAGAAAGGGCACAGAUGAUUCCAUGACCCUGCAGUCUCAGAAAUUCCAGAUAGGUGACUACUUAGAUAUAGCAAUUACACCUCCAAAUCGAGCACCACCUCCAUCAGGUCGCAUGAGACCUUACUAGUAUUUUGGUUUCUUCUGAUCACUGCAUUAUUUGCAUAAUUACAGAUUGUUUGAUUCGGGGAAGAAAUUUAUUUUGAUGCAAAGCACGAAUGCUAGACAAAUUUUGGAAAUACUAAUUCUUUCUUUAAAAGGAACCUAUAUAUUUAGAAAAACGUUCUUUCAACUGCUUGGAAAAGUUCUCUCCAUUUAAUUUGAAAUGGGCCAGUCUAGUGUUUCCAAAGUACAUGCUAAAGCAACAGAGGUAGUCAUGUGCAGAUUCUGAACUUCUUCUGUUUUGAGGCAGGUGUGUUACUGUGAUACCCAGUCAUUAAUGUAUGAGCGUGGAUAAUAAAAUGUUGGUUGUAUUUCAUAAA